UUAUUUUUAUUUUUGUGCGUUCAUUUUUCCUCUGAAAAGUCACGAUGGAAAUUUUUAUGGUAAUGCAUAAGUUAUGUAUCUGAUUUGGGAGGUAAUCUUCAAGAGAAUCACGAUAGUAAUACUCAUCUUAUUCUUAUAAAUUUUACAGAAAUAGAUGCUAGCGUUUCUUAGGUGCGUAAACUUCAGAGAAAACUUUUUUCUUAAAAGAUGCUUAAGUCCGAAAGCAGCGAAAAAAUAACAUGUUUAUUAAAUAAGUGUUGAAGAAGAUCCAUCAAGUGAAAGUCAUUAAUAGUUAAGAUGGUCGCGAAAUUUACAUCCAAGAUCGAUCCCAAUGCUGCUAAUUUCGACCAAAAUUGCAACACAACUGAAAUUGAAAUCAAAGUCUACAAAAGACGUUUUUGGAUGCUAUUUCUGUUCUCCUUCCUGUCAUUUUUGUGUGGUUUGCUCUAUACACAGUAUGUUGCAAUGGCAGAUAUGAACACCUGUUAUUAUGGAGUUUCAAAUCAUGCCGUGAAUUGGACAUCGAUGAUGUUUAUGGUUGUCUACUUAGUUCUUGUUUUUCCAACUUCAUCAAUCAUUGACCGCAUAGACUUGAGAAAAACAGUCAUUUUAGGAUCUCUUUUUAAUACAAUAGGUUGUGCCUUGCAGUUUUGUGGACUGAAACCAAACGGGUUUCCUUUUGUGUUGUUGAGUACUUUCGUUUGUUCUCUCUCCAAUUUAAUACUUAUAGGCAUUCCCCCUUUCGUUGCUACAAAAUGGUUUCCCAGCAACGAAUUGUCCCGCGCAUGCGCCGUUGGAGUGUUUGGAAACCAAUUAGGUAUUGGAGUAGCUUUCAUUCUUUCACCAAUGUUGGUUACCAGUGAUUGUAAGAAGAAAGGAGAAAUAGAAGAGGGGAAGAGCAAUGUAGCACUCAUACUCACUGUCUUAAAUACUGCUCUGCUUAUCCUAAUAUUACUGACUUUCCAGAGUGCCCCACAACAUCCACCAAACCAAAAUGAGCUUCAAAAAAUAUCCAAAAAACCAACUUCUAGAGUGAAAACUAUUUUGAAAAUGCUGAAGAAUGUGCAUUUUAUUCUGAUUAUUGUAGUGUACGGAAUGAUGUGUGGAUCUUACAUGGCAUUUGCAACAACUCUAAACGACUUGAUACUACGCUACUUUCCCAAAAAACAAAUUGAAGUUGGAUGGAUGGGAUUAAUCUUCAUUGCUACUGGGCUAGUUGGUUCAAUCAUAGCAGGAUGGAUAUUAGAUAGCACACGUAAAUACAAAGAAACAUACUUAGGAAUAUGCACCUUCUCUCUGGUAUUGUAUGUCGUUUUCAGUAUACAACUGUUUAUCAAACUCUUAUGGUUGCAGUUUCUGAUGAUAGGAUUACUGGGUUUUUUCCUCACAAGUUUAUUACCCAUUGGAUUCGAAUAUGGCAUUGAAGUUACAUAUCCCGAUUCAGAAGUAAUAUCAGGAAAUUUAUUGAUGACUUCGACCAACCUAUUUGGUCUUAUUCUGACGGAAAUUAUUUCAACAAUCUUAGAUACGAAAGGGCCAAUUUGGUCAAAUGUUUUUAUUUGCAUCAUUUUCUUCAUUAGCUGCAUUAUAUCAAGCUUCAUAACUAGAGAUUACAAACGAACAAAAGAUAACGAAAAGAAACUGGAAUGCAGAAAUGAGAUCUUCCAAACUAAUUCUUCUCCAUGAAACUAAAUAUACGUGAUCGUUCUAUUUAUGUGCUUUCGUAAAAAGAAUUUAAUAAAUAUUUGUAUAAAAUUU